UAUAUCCUCUACUUCACUCUACUCUUCUGUGUAUUCCGCGCCUAGAUAGACAGUAACAGACUACGUAUGUAAACCAUCGUCAUGCCGCCGCACUACACCACAACUGCCAACAAACCUGCAUUCUUGGUCAUGUACCUAAACCACAAGUAUCAUCAUCAUCAUACAGCUCGUCACUCGUCGCUCGUACCCCAUCCACUCGGCCGCAUCAACCGAACCGAACCAAACCCAACCAUAACCCACACCGCUUAUGACGACGUCGUGCAUCCUAUCUUUUCCCCCUCCACAUCUAGGUAGGUUAGAUCAGAUCCAUUCCAUCUCCCCGUCU